AUGUUAAAGUUAACAAAGAGGAAUCACUUUGAUGCGUUCUCUACUCAAGAGACAUCAUCACCAUCGCCAUUUGCUUUUGCACAGUUGCAACAGAAUCAGCUGAAGCAGCAGAAUCCAUUCGGCGCUCAAUCAUCUUUGAUUUAUCAACAGCAGCAACAUCAACAGCAGCAACAGCAAUUCCAACAACAGCAACAGCAACAGCAACAACAACAACAGUCAUCUGAGCAGCAGCAACAACAGAAUAAUUAUCAAAUAGAUAGUGCACCACUCAAGAGAACUAGAUUGAGUAAUAACACUGCGUCAACCACCAAAUCUGAUUAUUCCUUCUUCAACAACGUCGCCAGUCCCAUCACAGAUAUUGUAUUAAGUCUAGACAGGAUAAAGCCCAGCAACAAGCAACAACCAAUCAAACAACCACAACAACCAAUACAAUUCUCAUCAAACUCACAACAACUAAACAUUAACAACAACAGUAAUACUACCAACAACAACAACAACAGCGUCAACAACAAUAACAAUAACAAUAGCAGUAACAACGACAAAUUAUUUACAUUAGAAGAGGUCAAACAUAUUAUAAAGUUGGCACUCGAGGAGCAUGAGGCCAAGAUGCGUAGAGAGUAUGAGAGCAUCGUACAGACAAAGCUUAUGGAGCAGUUCCAGUGCUUCUCAAAGUACAACGAGGACUACAUAUCAAGACAGGUUCGCGAUAGUGAAUUCAGUUAUAUGUCCUAA